AUGGACCAAAAUCCUUUUGCUGAUUUCGUCUCUCUCCCAAAAGUCCACAAGGCCUUUGAAGAACAUCUGCCUGUGCGCUUCCUUGUGGAAAUACCUACCAAGUACCUUCCGUCGAAGGACGAUAUUGAAGAUACCUGGCUCGCCGUGAGGCCAGUUGUAAUUACCACUCUGUACGGUGCCGGGUUGGGGGAGGUUCUCACCAGAGAGAAAGAAGCUGCGGGAGCGUUCGAGAAGCUGGUCGAGAACGAAGCGAAUGAAAAUGACGAUGAGAACACAGACAAUGGAAAUAGGAAAGCCGACGGAGAAGAAGCAAGAGGCAGCAAUCAAGAAAGCAGCCACCAGCCAAACUUCCAGAAACCACCGAGGACGACCAUCCGCGUUGCGUGGAUGGAAAUUCUCGAACCAAACAGCUACAUUAUAGUCGAAAUAAAUUACCCCGGGUACGAUGUUUCGACCGCAGACGAGCACGACGCUCCCAUCCUUCCGGUCUUUGUUAUGCGUCUGAGGCAGCCGAAGAAAGCGACGAGUGAGGAGGAGCAGGGUGAUAGCGAAGAUGAAGGGCCUUACUUCUCUAUCCAAAACAUUCACCCUGGCUGGGCGCUACGCGUCGCCAAGCGCUGUGUGAAGGUGCAUCGGCACUUCCAGAAGUUGCUAGACAUGGCGAUCGAGAACGGCCAGGACGAAGCGUCGCUUAACAGGCUCCGUCCGCCGUUAAUUUACCCGAGGAACAGGAAUCAAUCUGUGAUAGUAUUGCACGUCCCCGACUCAGAUGACAGCAAAAUCAGUAUUCCAAGAUCUCGCCACCAAGGGCGCCCGGAACAAUCAUCUCUCCUUAAGCAAAAAGCACAGCCACGUGAGGACACUACAACGUUCUGUACAUGUAUAUAUAAUAACUAUCUUGUUUCCGUUCCUUGUGGUCCAGAUUGA